UCAAAUUACACAGAGGGUUCCAUCUGUUAUCUUAAACCUUUGUUCUCAAGUAGCACAGAGAGGAGAUACUCUGAAAAACACUUUGCUAAAGGUUUUCUUUGAGACUAUAUUUUCAAGCUGUUGAUACGCCAUCAAGGGUUUAUAUAUGCCAGCCCCACAGAAGAAAGUUGUUUUCUGCAUCGCUGGUGUCUUCUGUUUUGCUUGUGCUCUGGGCAUUGCAGCAGCCAUUGGAACUCAGCUGUGGAUCAGAGGAAAGAUACUCUGCAAAACUGGAGCACUGCUUGUCAAUGCUACUGGCCAGGAAUUAGAUAAGUUUAUUGGUGAUAUUCAGUAUGGACUUUUCUACGGGGAGAGGGUUAGACAAUGCGGGCUUGGAGGAAGACCUUUUCAGUUUUCAUUUUUUCCAGAUUUGUUCAAAAUUAUCCCUGCAAGUAUCCAUGUUAGUGUCAUCCUCUUCUGUUUGGUGCUACUAGUGUUUGCUCUAAUUGGAACAGGGUUCUUCAUGUACAAUGCAUUUGGCAAACCGUACGAAACACUGCAUGGUCCAUUAGGACUCUACCUGUGGAGCUUCAUUUCAUUUUCUUGUGGUUGUCUUAUCAUGAUACUCUUCUCAUCAGAAGUGAAAAUCCAUCACCUCUCUGAAAAAAUAGCGAAUUAUAAAGAAGGAGGCUUUAUUUUUAAAACUCAUAGUGAGCAAUUCGCAAAUUCAUUCUGGAUCAUCUUUGUGUGCUCAUUAGUACACUUUCUGAACAUUUUGCUAAUACGCCUUGCUGGAUUUGCAUUUCCUUUUUCAAAGUCAAAAGAUUCAGAGACAGCAAAUGGAGCAGUCGAUCUAAUGUACUAGAUGAGUUUUGAAACAUACUGUAUUUUCUGCAAAUGGUUCAUCUUGGUCCUUCCCAAAAGACACCAAACCUAUAUGAGCUUCAAGGGCUAAUUUAUAUUUUAAUAAUAUUAUGAGUCUGAAACAGUAGAGAGAGAUACCUGAACACACAAAAGAAAUUAAUUAAGUAAUAUAUAUCUAAAGAUUAUAUUCAUAGUAAGAGUUAUGUUUGUCAGUAGGUGCUUUUUUCACUGAGAAAAAUGUAAGCUUAUUCAGACACAAUGUCAAAUAAUGGUUUGCACUAACUGUAUUUAGACUCCAAAUCAGGUUUAUCGGUCAGACCUUCAAACAAACUGUAAUUUGCUUUUUUCUCUUUUCAUAUCUUUACUUAAAAUCGCACAUAACAGAGUAAAGGCAAACUACAUCCCAAAGCAUAAUCUUUGAAUUUAGAUGAAAAGGCAAAUGUGAUUUCCAAACCAGCUUCAAACCAAGAUUAGGUCAUUCUUUGGUGGUCACCUAAAAACUAUGGUAUAGUGGAUGGAGUCUGUUUAGAUAUCAUGACGAACUACAAAAUGGUUGUUGAUCUAUCAACCAGAACACAUCAUGAAAAACCAUAUUUUAACAUUAUGUCCAAACUUGUUCAUUGUUUGUUUAAAAUGACUAGAGAAUGAGAAGAAGGUAAUAUGACUGAAAUAGUGUAAUGGAAUUAGUUGUUUAAAAUAUUAACUUUAAAAAGGGCCAAUCAAUAUAUAGGCAGCCAUUUUGGCAAUAGGACAGCUUGUACUAUGUAUGUGGACAUACUAAUAUACUAGAAUUGUUAUUGCUUUUUUUAAAAAAAACACCAGUGAACAUAAAGACAACAAGAAGAAAUCAACACCUUCUUACAAAACUGAAAUAAGGAUACCUUCAGGAAAAGCCACCAAGUUAAAUUUAACAGUUUGGGUGACAUCCUAUAUUUUGCUCCAUCGACAGAAGGACAAAGAGCUGAAGGGAUGGAACAACCCCUUCUCUCAAAGUCAUUCUAUUAACAGAAUGAAAGCGUCACAUGCCAUCCUAUAUUAUUUAUUUACAUAGGAUUGGUUCCUGAGGUUGAGUUGGUUCCUGACUGGUCUAACAAACUACCAAAGAUGUCACUUAUUGUCAUGUGUGCUUAAUGUCAAGUAUUGGAAGAACUUUGCUGAAAUGGAGUAAACUUAACAUUGCAACAUU